AUGGGGGCUAACUCUAUGAUUUUGAAAAUAAGGGAAAAUCAGUACUUAGUUUCCAACGUUCAAGUUGCAGGAUUUUGCAGUGGCUUUAAAGCGUUUCAACAACUUCCAGGUCUUCGAGGACAACUUCCAGAGCAGUUUGGUUUCCGGGACGCACCAAAUGCAAGGACGGUUUCUAGGGCAAGAUUGGCAGAAACGAGGAAGCGGAAUAUAAUGAGAGGAGCUAAUUGGUUUCCGGGAUGCACCGAAUACCAGGACAGCUUCCAGCGCAGGAUGAGCAAGGAUGAAAAUAUUUUGAACGCCACGGGAGAAAGGAUACCGAGUCGGCGUCGUAAAGUCAGAACUUCGUGA